UUGUUUUUUGUCAGUCACAUGUGGUUUGCUGUUGCUUGCACAUUUUUACAGUCUACCAACAAUUUCAGAUCUAAUAGUCAUCCAGUAGAUAAUUCUUUUGUUACUUCCAUCAUUUUUUGUCAAUAACUGCUUAACUGUGUGUCCUCUAAAGGGGUUGAAAGGUGCCAAGGGCAAGAAGGGGCCAAAGGGGGCGAAGGGCAAGAAUGGACCUCCAGGAGAGCCAGGAGCUCCUGGAAAACUCAAGCCCACGCUGACGCAAGGCUCAAAAUCAGAGCCAAGGCCAGAUACACAAAGCAAGCAGAGUCACAAAGCAAGACCUGGAAUGAGACAACAAACCGUACAGAGUUUAGCACAAACACCUAGUCUCCUGAAGCAAAAGGAAGGGCCACAAAAACAGAGCAGGUUAAUGUCCAGGAGAUGGUCUGGAGAUGUUAAAACUGAGAAUUCCUUUGGUUUUUCCUGGGGAACUAAAGACAAUCCCGCUACCACCUGCUACGAACUGAAACUGAUACAUCCACAUCUUAAUGAUGGUUAUUUUUAUGUGGAUCCUAAUCAAGGCUGCCCCUGUGACGCUGUGGAAGUGUUCUGUAACUUUACAGCAGGAGGAACCACGUGCAUAAAUCCCCUUCAGUCUCAGAUAACAAUAAACUUGGAACCAAAAGCAAUGAAUUCAGGGAUUCUGUGGUUUUCUCAGCAACAUGGUGGCCACAAGUUUGAAUACGUCAGUGUGGAUGUUAUACAGUUGAGGUUUCUGUGGUUUCACAGCCUCACAUUAUUCCAGCACUUUACUCUCAGCUCUGCAGCAAACCAGUCCAGAACUGUUCCCGCAGCAAAUUUAUCCCACUGGAUGGUACACUUGCUGGGCAACUCUGGCAAAGAACUUGAUUCACAUCUCAUUGCAGUUUCCAAGAAAAGCUUUGAGGUGCAUUUAGUUGUGAAGGUUUGUGGUGGCACAGAGUCACAUCAAGGUGACAUGGAGCUACUUCCUGUCAGAGAUCUGGGAAUAAAGAUAAACACAACAUCCAAUCCUCUCUGGAACAUCUCUGUGGAUUUAGGACCCCUGUGUUUUUUGUGAAGAGUAAAUUGUGCGUGUGUGCGCUCGCGCGUGUGUGU